AUUACUGUAAAUUCCAUUUUCCCACAAUUUUCAAAGAUACGUACACAUACGCUCGAAGUUUCCAGAAGAUUUGUAAGAAUUUACCGGUGCCGGAAAUGAAAAAAUCCGACGGAAAUCCGGCGAAGUACGAUUUAGAGCAUCGGUACAAGGGAGAUGACUCAUGGUACGGUGUGCUAGUCACGGUGGACGGUGAAACGAUGACGGUGAAGUUCGAGGGAUAUUCGGAAAAAUUCGAUGUGAAAUUCCUUGCUGAUGACUUCAAAUCGAAGGAGGAAAUCGAUGAAUUCGUCAGGAAGUUUAGGAAUGUCUCGCCACAGCUACAGGAUAAUGAAUGCGGUAGUGUUAAGGAAGGGAUGAUUGUCUGUGCGGCUUGUAAUGCUUUCGGCAAAGAUGAUAUGCUCUUCUACGAUGCCGUUGUUGAAGCGAUACAUAACGAGAACCAUACAUUUCACAAUGGAGGGGAGGAGUGUGUAUGUACCUUUGUACUAUCCUGGCUUCAUGGCCCAAAAAAGGAUGACUUGGCUAAUUCUGGAAUUGAAGGCAUAUGUAUCAUAAAAGGCACAGCACAAGUUGAUCCUAGAAUAUCCUCCUUCUUGGAAUUGGCAAACCAGAAACUCAGAAAAUCUUCUUGCAAGUCAACUUCUACAUCUGAGCAAGACAAUUCAGCAUCCAAAGGAUCAUUCCGUACAAAAAGAGUCAGAUAUUUGUCUUCUGAACAAAAGUCAGAUUCGUCCUUUAAGGCAAGUUAUCAGGGGAUUAGCAGUGCCAAGAAUGCGGUUGACGUGAGAUGUACAACAGAAGCAACAGACUCAAGAAGGCAUUGGGAUCAUGAUAAAGAUCUAGGAGGACAAUGUUCAAAUUAUCAUCUCAUGCUAGUCGAGAACUUGGAGAGAACCUUGUUCCCUUCGUCAUUGAGAGAUUUCAUACAUAAGCACACUUCUGUUUGGUCACAAGCAUAUAUUUCCCCCUGCCCGUCAUAUAUGCCCUAUGCACGAGGCAUUAUCGUGGUAGAUUGUGAAGAGAAGCUUAAAGAAAUAAACCAUUUUUUGGACAAUCCAACACACCUGGUUGUGUCCUCAAAGGGAAGGCCGAUGGUUAUAAGUGAAAGAGAUAUGAGACAAUCCAUGAUUAAGACAUCACUUGGGAGCUUAAUGUACAGUUCCCAGGAUAUAUAUCAGGCAAAAAGUAUCUGCCAAGACUUGAUAAUAGUUCACUCAGGAAGUGAAGCAUACAGAAAAGCAAACCAGGCAAAAGAUUUGUUUUUGGAGUUCAUGAGUCAUCAACAGAGACUUUAUAAGAAGUUAGCUUCGGAAGAAAGGUUAUUUUUGCAGAUGCUGCAAUUACAACCGCAUUUGGAUUCGUUUCUGUUUUAAAACAACUAC